UUGCAGCCACGUUCCCGGAUGGGGAGGGGGAAAGCCCUUUCCAGCCCUAGGAGUGUCUGGAUUUCCCACCUGUGGGCAGGAUUUCUGAUCGCCAGCAUGGGAGGCAAGCUCAGCAAGAAGAAGAAGGGCUACAAUGUGAAUGACGACAAAGCCAAGGACAAGGACAAGAAGGCCGAGGGCCCGGGCACCGAGGAGGAGGGGACCCCGAAGGAGAGCGCGCCCCCCGCGGCGGCAGCCGGCAGUGCAGAGUCCCAGGAGCCUGAGAAGCCGGACAAGGACAAGGACGCCGAGAAGGACGCCGAGGGCAAGGCCGAGGCCACGGAGGGCGACUCCGCGGCGGCGCCCAAGGAGGAAGCCCCUAAGGCCGAGCCUGAGAAGAGCAGCGAGGGCGCCUCGGAGGGGCACGCGGAGCCUGGGGCCACAGCAGCCGAGCAGGAGCCCGCCGAGCCCGGGCCCGCUGCGGGCGGCGAGGCCCCCAAGGCGGCAGAGGCAGGCGUGUCCGAGGGCCGAGAAGAAGGGGAACCCAAAAAGACUGAGGCUCCCGCCGCCCAGGAGACGAAAAGUGACGGGGCCCCGGCUUCAGACUCAAAACCCAGCAGUGCCGAGGCUGCCCCCUCCUGCAAGGAGCCCCCCGCAGCCACGGAAGCGCCCAGUUCCACAGCCAAGGGCCCGGCAGAGGAGCCCAAGUCCGCGGAGGUCCCGGCAGCCAACUCGGAUCAAACCGUAGCAGUGAAAGAGUAACGGACAGCCUGGGAAAACACCACUGCAAACAAUCUCCCUCUCUCUCUCCCUCUCUCUCCCUCCCUCUCUNUCCCUCCCUCUCUCUCCCUCUCUCUCCCUCUCUCUCUCCUUCUCCUUCUCCUUCUCUCUGUCUCCUAUACUAACUGGUUUCCAAUUGGAAGUAAGGAUGUGUAUCGCCCAAGGGGGGAAAUAAAAAGGAUGCUGACCCAUCGAGGGAGGGAGGGAGGGGGUGGGAGAAUCCAAAUAGUAUUUUUGUGGGGAAAUAUCUAAUAUACCUUCAGUCACCUGGACCGCCAGCCCUGGCUUUGGAAGAUCAGUGAGAUGAGUGGCCCAGCCCCGCGCCCUGCGCUAGCCCUCCAUCCUGCUCAGGCGCCUGCGCUGAGGCCAUCGAGGUCUUUAUGAAAGCAGUAUUUUCUGUGUUCUCCUUUUUAAUUUACAGCGUUUCUUAUUUUGAUAUUUUUUUAAUGUUGUGGAUGAAUGCCAACUUUCCGAUGGAGCCCACUUAGCCUGUCCACAUGUGUUUCGAUGCCAGCCCUCCAUUCCUCCUCUCCAGAUAUUUUUGGGAGUAAACGAGCAUUCUCUCAUCGUACUUAGCCUACCUAGAUUUCUCAUGACGAGUUAAUGCAUGUCUGUGGUUGGGUGCACCUGUAGCUCUGUUUAUUGGUCAGUGGAAAUGAAAAAACAAAAAGUCUGCGUUCAUUGCAGUUCACUUUCUCUUCAUUCUGUGUCACAGACACCAACACACCACUCAUUGGAAAAUGGAAAAAAAAAUAAAAUAAAAAUACAAAAAAAUGUACAAUGGAUGCAUUGAAAUUAUAUGUAAUUGUAUAAAUGGUGCAACAGUAAUAAAGUAAAACAAUUAAAAAA